CGCAAAGCCCCACGUGGCUGCUGUUGCCGGCACGUGGGCAUUGGGCGCAGAGUCGGCUCCCGCUGCUGUUCCGGGUCAAGGGAAGGACUAACCUGCGGGUGGGCGACGUGCCCAGGGUUCUUGCUUUGCUGCUGCGAAGAUGGAUGUGUAAUCUCCAAGGCUCCCGCCCCACCCAGCGCCAGGCCACGCCCUGGCGUGUGACGUCAGCACGCCUCGUGCGUCGCGUCGCGGCGCUCACUGGGGGCCCGGCUUUCGCCCGCUGCUGCCGCCGCCGCCGCCGGCCGCGGCUGCUCUCCCAAGAUGGCGGCUCCUCCGGGCGAGUACUUCAGCGUUGGGAGCCAGGUGUCGUGCCGGACGUGCCAGGAGCAGCGGCUGCAGGGCGAGGUGGUAGCCUUCGACUACCAGUCCAAAAUGCUGGCUUUAAAAUGUCCCUCUUCCAGUGGAAAGCCCAACCAUGCAGACAUCUUGCUCAUAAACUUACAGUAUGUUUCAGAAGUGGAAAUAAUUAAUGACCGAACAGAAACCCCUCCUCCCCUAGCUUCACUCAAUGUUAGUAAGCUUGCCAGCAAAGCACGGACAGAGAAGGAGGAGAAGCUGAGCCAGGCCUAUGCAAUCAGCGCUGGUGUUUCCCUAGAGGGCCAGCAGCUCUUCCAGACCAUACACAAGACCAUUAAAGACUGUAAAUGGCAAGAAAAAAACAUCGUAGUCAUGGAAGAAGUUGUUAUUACACCCCCAUAUCAAGUGGAAAACUGUAAAGGCAAAGAGGGGAGUGCACUGAGCCAUGUACGCAAAAUAGUUGAAAAACAUUUUAGAGACGUGGAAAGCCAAAAGAUACUGCAGCGUUCACAAGCCCAGCAACCACAGAAGGAGGCUGCCCUGUCAUCCUGAGUCCACACACACGGAGGACUCUUCCAGCAUCCAGCCAGCGAGGCGAUGGUGGUGGCUUCGGCGGAGGCAGGCCGGGGGAGGGAAGGGAUCCUAUAUUUCCUGUUGGCUCUUGUUAACAAAGGGUCAGCAUUUCCAAAUCUUAGACUUGAACAAACAAAACACCCAACAAAAAAGAACAAGAGAAUAAUUUAAAAGUUGAAUCAUUACUUGACUAACAGACUUCGGUCCACCAUGUCCUUUUCACAGUCCCCUUCUGGAACAGUCACCUUGUUAAUUUUAUUUUUGAAAAUUCCUUUCCUGCUCUGCCCUUUCACCUUUGACUUUCCUAGUCUGUCCCUGCCAUUCUGUUUUUAUAAGUGGCUUCACUUGCCUUCUGAGUGAUUGAAAGAAACUUUUACAUCUCUUCCAAAAUAAAAGUAACAAGUUGACUGUGA